AGUACGGGCGUCGACAGCAGCAGGUGCAGCACAGAGACGUAGAAGAGGUAAGUUGUUCAAUAUAUUAAUUUUCUGCGAUUCAACCGGUUGAUUAAAUAAUGCAAUUCAUGUUACAAUAGUAUAGUACAAGUAGUUUAUUUUAUAUAAGUAUAUAAGAAAUGACGUUUAAUAGGAAAAAGAGAAAAAAUCGAAAGUUUCACUCCCGGAGGGUUUACUGACAUACUUUUCAAUGAGAACAUUUUGCAUAGUGGUAGGCAUCGUCGGUGAUCGAUAUAGAACGCGCACUGCGUUUAGAUGUGUCUAUAGAUAUAAGGAGAACAUGAGAUGGAAGAAGGGAUAGGCGACCUUGAAAAAGCGUUUCUUGUUUCUAACCGCUAAUGCCAUAUAAUGAGCUUCAAGCAAAAACAAUUUUACGAGUUAGAUUCUUACGUCGUUUAAACUGAUUGAAUUUUAAAGAACUUGUAUGCACCGAGCUGUUUGUAGCAAUCAGCAAAAUCCGUAAUCAAUAUUCUUAGCUAGCGUUCUGCAUUUUUACCCGCCGCUUAUUUGUAAAGAGAGAAGAGGGAAUAAUGAAUCGUCAAUUGGGCCUUCCCUCACCAACUUCCCCGAGCCCAAGCCCAUCGUCGUCUCCAAGGCCAUUCAGAAAAAGAAGACAAAUGAUUGACUCAGAUGACAGUGACGAUAACCUUUGUCCUCCAAAAUCACCAUGCCAAUCACCAAUUGUAUCCCCAUUGGGAUCGCCUCGUUCAGCAAGCCCUGCCCCUGCAUUCGACUUUUCUUGGCUUGGAGAUAGCGUACUGCCGGCAGUAACCGUCUCUCCGCCGAAUUGCGGAGCUGAAGCGAUGGAUAUGUUUCCCGCCAAUAUAACUCGGUGCCGUCAAGAUUCAGUUGACUCUGGAGGAACGUUUAGUACCAGGUCGCGAGAAAAUUCUUUUGAUAGUAUUAGCACCUGGUAUCGAUCGCGAGAAGGAUCAUAUGAUUCAAGUUGGUAUCGGUCUAGAGAAGGUUCCUGCGAUAGCAACGCUUCAAGGGACAGUGGUUUGGGCUGGAACUAUCGGCUGCCUCCCGAUCCCAGAUCGCUUCAUGCCUUUUUCGGCGUUGCAGCGGAACAGCGUCGGAAUUCAAUGGAUCUAUUUGAUGAACAGGCAGAAGAAAAGACACACUUGCAAAUUGCUAGGAAUAAGCUAGCGCUAGCCCUUCCCCAAUGUACUACUGUUAGGUCGGAGAGGAGGCGGUCAUCGUGUAAGGAAAUUACAUUAACGCUAUUUCCUAGAUGUAUAGAGGAGGAAGAUUGUCAACCUCUUUACGAAACAAUUGAAUCUAAAAGACGUUUCAGUCUUGGUCAAACGUCUCCUGAUCAGGGAACAUCGCCUUCACCUAAAUCUCCUGAGAGUCCUCGACCGCGUCAUAUGUUAUCUAGAUCAUUGAGCGCUGAUACGGCUUCGACAACCUUGGCAGAAAAAUGUCAAGAAGAAGGUUUGUACGAUUCCCUACCGGAUUUAUCGAGGGCUACCAUAAAAGAUUUAACAAGACGAGCUCAGCGAAGAGGAGCUGUUUGCUAUUCUGAUCUCGACUCGGCCUUGACAAGUUUACGGCAUCUCUCGGUUGACGAGCAAGAUGAUAUAGAAAAUGACGAUUUAGCCGAAGAAGAAGAAGAAGAAGAAGAGGGAAAUACGUAG